AUGGCCUCCCACGACCACAUCCUCACCCUGUCCUGCCCCGACCGGCCCGGCAUCGUCCACGCCGUCACCGGCAUCUUCGCCUCGCACGGCCACAACGUCCUGGACCUGCAGCAGUUCAGCGACCCCUCGCCGGAGCGCUUCUUUAUGCGCGUGCACUUUGGGCCCGCGCCCGCCACCGACGGCGCCUCGACGGCGCACCUCGAGCCCGCCUUUGCCGCCCUCGCCGCCGAGUACCAGAUGGAGUACGACAUCCGCCCGUCGGCGCGCAAGCUGCGCGUGCUGCUCAUGGUGUCCAAGAUUGGCCACUGUCUCAACGACCUCCUCUUCCGGAUGAAGACUGGCCAGCUGCCAAUCGAGGUACGCCCCCGCCUCCCCCUUAUACCAAUUCCAAGCUCCAACCCGCCGCCGCGUCUGCUAACACACCGUCCCAAGGUCCCUCUCAUCGUCUCCAACCACGCCGACUUCGCCGCCCUCGCCCAGAGCUACGACAUUCCCUUUCUGCACCUGCCCGUGACCAAGGACACCAAGACGACGCAGGAGACGCGCAUCCUGCAGCUCGUGCAGCAGCACGGCAUCGAGCUCGUCGUGCUCGCCCGCUACAUGCAGGUGCUCUCGCCCACGCUCUGCACCGCCAUGAGCGGCCGCAUCAUCAACAUCCACCACUCGUUCCUGCCCUCGUUCAAGGGCGCCAAGCCGUACCACCAGGCCUAUGAGCGCGGCGUCAAGAUUAUCGGCGCCACGGCGCACUUUGUCACGGCCGACCUCGACGAGGGCCCCAUCAUCGAGCAGCGCGUCACCCGCGUCGACCACGGCAUGGGGCCGAAGCAGCUGACCGAGGAGGGGUCCAAUAUUGAGAGCCAGGUGCUGGCGGCGGCUGUCAAGUGGUACGCCGACCGCCGCGUGUUUCUAAACGGCUCCAAGACGGUGGUGUUCAACUAG